AUGUCUAUGACUACAAUUCCUGCUCCUCUGGUUGGAAAAGUGGCCUUGGUUACGGGCGGCUCACGAGGCAUCGGCCGUGGCAUCGCGAUCCAUUUCGCGAGAAAGGGCAUUUCAAAGAUUGCCAUUACUUAUGCUGAGAACCCAUCGGCCGCGGAGGAGACCCUCGCAGCGAUUGGCAAAGUCGACCCGAGUAUUUUCGCCAGAGCGAUCCGAGCGGAUGUCCUGUCGCCGACAUUUGCCUCCGACCUGGUACCUCAGGUGCUGGAGAACCUCUCUACCCAAACCCUCGACAUCAUCGUGUGUAACGCAGCAUAUGUCAACCCCAAGAUUGUGGCCCCCAUCGCCAUGGCGACCAAGGAGCUGUUUGACAAUCUCAUGACGGGCAACGCGUGGGCUCCCGUCCAGCUGUUCGUCAUGACCGGCCCCACCGACACCGAGUUGAUGGUGAUGCCGUGCUGGGCCGAGUACAUCAGAGCGAGGCUCCGGGUGAAGCUUUCCAGGGCGGCCUUGGACGCGCCAUAA